UGGGGGAAAUUCCUACUCCAGAGUUGAAAAUGGCGAUGGACGGGUUGUCCACGUCUCAAUCCGGACUUUCGUAUGCUGGGGAUUUUUACCCUAGAAAAUUUGGUCCCAAACCGGACGUGGUACCGUCCGGUAUUACGGAGAGGAAAGUUGGCCCACUCGAUAAACCUGACAUGGUUGCGGUGGACGUCAUUAACAUCCAGGAUUCAGAUAUUCCAUUGCACAGGAAAAAGCAAGAACAUGACACCUAUGUUUUGGGUACUAUUCACCCUUUCCGGAAGACUCACAGAUCCUUGUUUGGUAAACUCUUGCAAGAAUUCCGCUUGGUGACUUCAGAAAGAAGGUCUUGGCGGAUCCUGCUGUUUGGGGUCCUAAAUGUGUUGUGUACCGGCUGCCUUCUGAUGUGGUGCAGCUCUACAAACAGUAUGGCCUUAACUGCAUACACAUAUCUCACCAUCUUUGACCUGUUCAGUCUGAUCACAUGUUUGACCAGCUCCUGGGUGAGCAUGAAGAAGCCCAGCCAGCUGUAUUCGUUUGGAUUUGAGCGUUUGGAGGUAGUGGCAGUGUUUGCCUCAACUGUGCUGGUGCAGCUGGGAGCUCUAUUCAUCCUGAAGGAGAGUGUGGAGCGCUUUGUGGAGCAGCCGGAGGUGCACACUGGCCGACUGUUGGUGGGCACUUUUGUGGCUCUGUUCUUCAACCUGCUGACUCUGCUGUCAGUCAGGAACAAGCCCUUUGUCUACGUCUCUGAAGCUGCCAGCAGCAGUUGGCUCCAGGAGCAUGUUGCUGACCUGAGUCGAAGCCUGUGUGGGGUCAUCCCAGGUCUAAGCAGUAUCCUCUUGCCUCGUAUGAACCCGUUUGUCCUGAUCAAUGUGGCAGGAGCCCUGUCCCUCUGCAUCACCUACAUGCUCAUCGAGAUGAAUAACUACAAUGCCGUUGACACGGCGUCAGCGGUGGCCAUCGCCCUCAUGACCUUUGGCACCAUGUACCCCAUGAGUGUCUACAGUGGGAAGGUUUUGCUGCAGACCACACCCUCCCAUGUCAUUGGUCAGCUGGACAAACUUCUUAGAGAAGUGUCCACCCUGGAUGGGGUUCUGGAGGUCAGGAACGAGCACUUCUGGACCGUGGGGUUUGGCUCACUGGCCGGCUCGGUUCACGUCCGAAUCCGCCGCGAUGCCAACGAGCAGAUGGUGCUGGCCCACGUGACCAACCGCCUUCUCCCCCUGGUCUCCACGCUGACGGUUCAAAUCUUUAAGGAUGACUGGAUUCGCCCCUCCCUGGUGGCCGGGCCUCUCCCCACCACCUUGGCACUGGGCCCCUCUGAGUACGGGGGCCCCGCCGGCUACGCCCCUCCUCACCCCUCCUCCACCAGGCCCCAGGAUGAAUUGGACCCCCUGACCUCCACUCCAUCGAAACUCAGCAGUCCCCCCCCUGAGUUCUCCUUCGACACCCCUGGCAGGCACGUGCAGCCUGUGGUGCUCCUCGGUGCACAGCAGCACCUUAGGCCUGGGUACAACCUGGGCCUCAAUUACGGAGCCUCCCCCUACACCAGCAUGCUUAACCCUGGCCUGACCCGACCGGGUGGGGGGCUGGCCCUGGGUGUAGGGACUGGGAUGGGCCUUGGGAUGGGGAUGGGAACAGGGAUGCCUUCAUCGCAGAGUUUCAGAACUGCCUUAGGUUCAGCACCACACAGCUAUGGAACCAACCCCAACCUGCUCCCCUCACAGUACAGCCAAUACAAACCCUGAUGAUAAUAAAUACAUACGGCACUGGGGACUCAGGGUGAGCUUAAAAAGGAAUAUAUUAUCGUAUUUAUUUUAAUGGGACCAUUCUAGACGUCCAUUCCUAACUUUGAUGGAUUUUCUAUCUUUGUAUAUUUUUGGUACUGUUCAUUGAAAGGCUGACAUGUUGGCAAUGUCCAGUAGGCUGUAUACCAUUGAAAUGUUGCUGUUUGAUGAUCGUGUAUGAUAUGUAUGGCUCUGAUAUUCUAAACGUCUGUUUUCAACCAAUACUAAUUAAUUUCAGUUGAUGUGUGCUCA